CAGGAAGGAGACAGAAUCCGCAUCCUCUCCAACUGCAAAAACCAGGCAGGAUGGAGGCCUGUAUGAUGAAGCCAGAAGUCAAAAAGAAACCGAAGCCGCCCAAACCUCCUCCAAAGCCUGCAGAGAUAAAAAGAAAUGACCCAGAGAGACUGGAGAGGCCGACUCCUCUGCUGCCUCCACGACCCACAGACACUGAACUGAGUCAAACACAAUACCGCUUGAAAAGAGCAGCAGUGAACAAGGAGCCUAAUGGAAACUUGAUACAAACAGAGACAAAAGAGAGACCGUCUGAAACUCCUGUGGUUCCACCCAGACCCACACAAAAGGAACUGAACGCCACAACCAGAUACAGCCAGCGCCAGAGGGUACAAGCUGAGGACACGCAGAGUUCCAGAGAAAAUUACCAAUCAGAAGUUGCCAAAGAUGAAGCAGACUUCAAACAGAGUAACCCGACGGCCCUGACUGGAAUGUUUCGACGGAGCCAAAAAGAGAAACCAUCUUCGUUCACCAGUUAUCUGAUCGACGACUGUGCCGAAGAGGAAAAAACUGAUGAUGUCCCGGCCAAACAGGCUCCCGGCAGCAAACCGGGUGUUCUGAAGGGAGUAAUUAAAGGAUUACAAUUCAAGUCAUCACCGAAGGCCAGCACAGAGCCGAGUCCAGACCCCGGAACAGAGGACGCGGGCUCAGAAAAGGAACAAUCCGCAGAAAAGAACAAGCAGGAAAAGAAUGCAGAACCCAAACAGGACUUUGGAGGUCUGAUCGCUGGAAUGUUCCGGAAAACUCCCAGAGAGAAAUCACCGUCUCCCGCAGUGACGGUCAGCAAAGCAGACAGUGACCCUGAAGAUGCAGAAGAAGCAGAGGAGAAAGCUUCUGAACAACCCCACGAAAAGGGAGGCUUCUUCUCUGGCAUCCUUAAAAAAUCCAAUAAAACACCGGAUGAGACACCUGCACAGGAGAACGUGAGUGUUAGUCGUGAGCUGUCUGCCAGCAGUGAGAGUCUGUCUGAAAACAGCAAGGAAAAAGGAGGAAUAUUCAGUGGGAUGUUCAAGAAGUCUCCGAAACCAACUGAAACUGCUCAGACUGACGAGGACCAACAAUCUCUACAUGAUAGUCUGUCAGGCAGUAAUGAUAAUCUGUCUGAAAACUCAAAGGAGAAAGGAGGAUUUUUCAGCGGGAUCCUCCGAAAGUCUCCCAAGAUUCCAGGAGAGGGAACACCUGGGCAGGUAAAAAUGGAUAAACAGCCGCCGCAAACGGACCCAUCAGGCAGUAAAGAGAGUCUGUCUGAGAACAGCGCCACCAAUGAGAAAGGCGGCGUUUUCAGUGGCAUGUUCAAGAAAUCUCCCAAACUGUCAGGAGCCCCCCGACUGGACGAGGGCGCAGAGCCGUUACACGGUGAGCUGUCUGCCAGCACUGACAGCCUGUCGGAGAACAAGGAGAAAGGCGGUUUGUUCAGCGGACUCCUGAGAAAGACUCCGAAAACAACCGGAGAGGAGAAUCUGUCAGCACAGAAAGAUCUCUCAGCCAGUAAUGACAGUCUGUCUGAGGCCGCCAACACAAAGGAGAAAGGAGGCGCGUUCAGUGGAAUAUUCAAGAAGUCGACCAGACUUGCAGACAAUCCUCCCACAGAGGAAGAGAAACAGCCACAAGACGAUGAGCUCUCAGGCAGCAGUGACGCUCCCUCUGAGAACAGCACCAAGGAAAAAGGAGGAAUAUUUAGUGGAAUAUUCAAGAAGGCUCCGAAACCUGCAGAAGCUGCUCAACCUGAGGAGGACGAAUCUCCCGACAAAGAGCUUUCAACCAGUAAUGAGAAUUUAUGCGAGAACAAACAGGAGAAAGGUGGACGGUUGCUCGGCGGACUCCUGAAAAAGACUCCCAAAGCGACAGAGUCACAGGACAGCGAGGCUCAGAGAGAGCUGUCGGCCAGCAAUGACGACCUGUCUGAGAAUAACAGCACUAAGGAGAAAAGUAUUUUCAGCAACAUGUUUAAGAAGCCGCAGAAAGCAGCGGAAGGAGCUGCAGCAUACAAGGAGCUGGAGGAGAACAGUGAAAAUCGUUUAUCUGGCAGCUGUGAGAAUCUGUCUGACGCCGCCGCCCCGAAGGAGAAAAAAGUCGGCCUGGCUGGCAUCUUCAAAAGAUCAUCCAGCAUCGAUAACAUUUUUGACGAGGAGAGAGGCGGGCUGUUCGGUGGACUUCUCAAGAAAACACCCAAAGCGUCUGGAGAUGAGGCAGCUGCAGAGGACAAAGACGACCAGAAGGAGCUGACAGCAAGUAAUGACAGUCUGUCUGAAAACAACAGCACCAAGGAGAAAAGUAUUUUCAGUGGCAUGUUCAAGAAGACUCCCAAACCAGCAGACGGCACUACAACAGACGAGGAAUUGAACACCGGCGACUAUAAGAAGUUAUCUGCCAGCUGUGAAAACCUGUUAGAAACAACCACAUCAAAGGAGAAGACUGGAGGACUGGCAGGGAUCUUCAAGAAGUCUCCCAAACCAGCUCCGCGCUCCAUCGCUACCGAGGAUCCGCUCAGUGACACAAAGGAACUGUCCACCAGCUGCGACAGCCUCAUCGAAACCGCAGAGGGGGAUCUUGAUGAAUUGUCGGCCAGUAACGAUAAUCUGUUUGAAGCUUCGAGUGCCACAAAGGAGAAAAAAGGAGGGUUUGUUGGAAUUUUCAGAAGGACGCCCAAAACACUUGAACAUCAGGAGAGGGAGGACAUGGAGGCCCCGGAAGGAGGCGGGCUGAGCCGCAGGAGAACCAUCAAGAAAAAAAGACGAGUUGUAUCAUUCCGAGUCAAGAAAACUCUUCCCAAAAUACCGAAGCUAAAUUUAACUUCUCAGAGUUCAGACCAGAUGCCGAUUAUUGAGGAGACUGUUGAGCUGCAGGACAUGAACCCAGCACAGGAGAGCUCAGUAGAGGUCCAGCCGGUGGAGAUGGCUGCUUACCCCUCUGAAGACAACCCCCUUGAGCUUGAGCAGGAAAGUGACGAGUUGAUGCAGUGGUGGAACACAGUCAAAGGAUGGACAGAGUGGAACGAGACAUCCAAUUUCCAGGAGGAUGAGGAGGAAAUGGCGAUGGAGCAGGCAGCUGAUCGCGUCUACAUGGCAGCCCGUCUGUUCGUGCAUCUCUUCAACCAGCGGGGGGCGUCCUUACAGCAUCGCAUCCUGGAGCUUUUGGCUCUGGCCGACGCUUCAGAUCAAUUCCACAAGAAAACGGUGACAGCUGCUGUGGGUGGAGGGGUGGCCAGCGUCGCAGGCAGCGUGGCAACGAUCACAGGGCUCAUCCUGGCGCCGUUCACUUUUGGUGCCUCUAUUAUCGUCACGGCGGUGGGCAUCAGUGUGGCGACAGCGGGCAGCAUCACCUCAGCGACGGCCAAUAUCACAGAUACAGUUCACUCCAACAUGGACCGUAAGAAGCUGGAGAAGAUGAUCCAGGGCUACCAGGAGGAGAUCAAAGACAUCAGAGAGUGUCUGGAGUUCGUGCAGGCUGGUAUGGACACCCUGCAGGAGUGGAACUUUGAGAAAUACUCGGAGAGCGCCGCCAAAAAGGCUCUGAACCACAACCUCAAGCACGUGAUGAAGGAGGGCGGCCGUGCCGGAAAAGCCCUGAUGAUCAACACGGAUAAGCUCAUCAGCACUGUGCAGGUUUUAGGCGCGGCAGGAGGCGCCGCCAAAGCUGCCCAGGCCAUCAGCGUCACCACAGGCGUCAUGUCCGCCCUCUUCCUCGCUCUGGAUGUUUUCUUCCUCGCCAAAGACUCCCACGAGCUCCGUAAGGGCGCCAAAACUAAGUUUGCCAAAAAGAUCCGGGACGUCUGUAAAGAACUUCAAGACGGCCUCCUGGAGCUGAACAAGGUGAAGACGCAGCUGCAGAAGACCAUGGAUGGCAUCGAGGUGGAGGAGUAUGAGGAGAUCGAGGAGGUAGAGGUGGAAGUUGACGACGAUUUGGAGUCGGAUCCGAAGAAGCUGGCCGAGCUGGAGCAGGAGCUGGACCUCCUGGAGCAGAAACUGGACAGGAAGGUCGAGGAGGAGCAGAAGAAGAGUAAAGAGAUGGAGAAGGAAGCCUUGAAAAAUAAAAAGGAGAAAAACGAGGAGAAGAGCAUGAAGGAAAAGGAGAAGGAAGAGGAACAGGGAGAAAAAGAUGCUAAGAAAGAGGGAAAGAAGGAAAGUAAGAAGGGUGAGGGAGAAGGCAAGUUUGACAUCUCUGAUGUGGAAAAAGGGCAGAAAACUGAGACCAUCAAAGCAGCCAAAGAGGAAGCUUUAAAUGAACAGAAGGGAAGGAAGAAGGACAAAGAAACUGAGAACCGAAUCACAGCCGCGAAAGAAAAGUACGAGAGCAAGAGAGACACAGAAAAAGGAGACGGUGGAAAAAAUGAAAAGACAGACGAAAGGGGGAAAGAGAAAAAUAAGACUGGGAAAGAACCUGAGGAAAUUAAAAGCAGAUCAGACGAGUCAAAACGAGAAGACCGGAGGGGAAAAGCAACUUCUGAGAGGCUCAAGACAGAGAGAGAAAGUGAAAGGAGUCAGAGCAGCAGAGAGGAGGAGAGAGUGAUGAAUAAACAGGAGGAAAGUGGGAGUACGAGGAGGCAUAGCAGCAGGAGCGACAAAGACAGACCUCACAGGAGUGACAGAGGGAGCAAACACGACGAGGAAAGAGGAAGCAGCAGACAAAGUGACAGGAUGGAGAGCAGGAGGAGGACAGAGGAGGAGAGAGGAGUGAGGGACUGGAGAGCUGAGAUGGCAAAAAGAGAGGAGAAGAGAGACAGCAAGGAAGGAAGAGAAGCUCAGAGAGAGACGGCGAGGGAAGACUCGCAUCGGAGUCACGAAGCGGCGUCGAGGAGGGAGCAUUCGGAGAGAGAGCGGAGGAGCGAGGAGUCUGACUCGAAGAGGAGUCACUACAGGAGAGGAGCAGCCCCGCAUGAUGAGCAGAGGGAGAGAGACGAGAAACGAGGGAGCAGGAUUGAGAGCGCGAGGAGGCAGUUUGAGAGAGCGGAGGAGGAGGAGGAGAGGGGGAAGAGGAGAGAGGAUGGAGAGAGUCAGAGGAGGGACAGAGAGAGGAGAGGAGGUGAGAGGGAUGGAGAGCAUGGACACAGCCGGCGAGGAUCUCGAGCGCGAUCCAGCGCUCUGCUGGAAGACGGACUGUAUAUUUAACUAGAGAAGUUAUGUUAAAGGGAUAGUUUGGAUUUAUUGAAGUGGAGGAGCAGCAGGAGCCCUGGUAGUGUACUGCUGGACGGGAUUUCUCUUUCUGAUCAGAACUGAAGCCGUUACGUCACUCUCCCCAAAGCCACGGUCCAAACCAGACUCAAUGGACAAAAAUACUAAUUUUACCUGGUAGAACAGAGGAGCUGCUGGUCUACCACUGCCUCGACUGGUUAGUUUUUUGUGUCAUUGUGUGACUAUGCUAAAUCCUAACUAGCGUUUCAAAACACUGAAGUCACACUAUAACACAAAUAAACUAACCGAUCGAGGCAGCGAAGACCAGCAGCUCCUCUGUUCUGUGAGGUAAAACGUCAAAGGAGUCUGGUUUGGAACGUGGCAUUGAAGAGAGCGAUAUCAGUCUGAUGAUGAGGGGAAAUAUUCAAAAUGUAUAGCGUACACUUAAACUGAUAAAAGAUUUUUUUAGGUGGCUAAUAUGUGUUUUGUUGCCGACCCUGUUCACAGCAGUCUGUGAUGGUACGACUCUCUGCUUCUCCCAACCCAAACUAUCCCUUUAAUACAGAAUUAUUACAUUACUUCAGAUUAGGUUUGGAUUUUUUUUAGUCCAGCUGCUGUCAAUCAAACAGACACUGACACGCCCCUCCAUCUGACUGAUGAAAACAAGCAUUUCUUAUUUUUCCACAGGCAUUUUUUUCUUGCUUUUCAAUCAAACAAAACAAUUAACAGCACAUUUAACAACACUUUGAGGAUUUUCUCAGAAACAUGUUACUGUAAAUAAAUGCAGAAGAAGGUUGGAGACCACCCGGCAAAUUCACACUGAAGCCUCACAUUAACUUCAGCUGAACAUUUCCAAAGGCAUCUCUUCACGGCCAGUAGGAACAGGAGGAACGAGUAACUCGUCAACGUACGUAUGGAAUGCUAACGUCAAUGUAUGCUAAUGUUAAUGUUUUAUGGUAGACCUGGAAAAGUCUCUCCUUUAAUUAUGAGUGAUGACUGAUUGCUGCUCAUUGCUGAAAAACCUGUUUAUCAAACCUUUUAGCUUUUUAAUUUCAGAAUUACGACCCUGUGAGUUUCUGGCUGUUGAAAACAGAGAAAAGCUGCGUUUGUCUGCAUCAGUGUCUUUGAUACAACCACUACGAGUCAAACCUGUGCAGGUCGGAAAUUUUUUUUUGCAACUGAAAGCUGAAGCUCUAGUUUUUAUAAUAAUGAUUUUCUGAUGUGAGAAAUAUAACACCUUUAAAUAUAUAUUUAAAACCUCGGUGUGAAUCAUGUAUUUCUACAUGGUGUCUGUUACUUUCUAUGUUUCUGGUGUUUCAGGGUAAAUUUGACAUUUUUUCCCAGUUGGACUGUUUAGGUUCAUUUUGUGUCGUUCUUGUGGACGUACUGUGUGUAUUGUGUUGUCUAGUGGACCCGUGUUUGUAUUUAACUGAAAGACCAGUGUGAGUGUGAACAUGCUCAAGAGAGAAAGUUUUAUCAGGUUGUCCAGAAGCUUCCCUGGGAAAUGAACCAGAGUGGUAGAAUAAUAAUGUCCAUUUCUGUCAUGAAAUAAUCAGAUUUUCACUCAGUGCACUUUAAACCGACGCUGCCUUUGUCUUUUUAUGUCACUUCAUGUUUCUGGAAUAUUGUGCAAUGCCUCCCUUUGUCUGGUGUCUUCUGUUUCACAUGUUCACUGUAUGUAAUUUUAUAUGGGUAAAUAUUAUUUUCUACGGUGCUGGUUUCUUAUUGGACAAAUAAAUUAUUAUUAAAUAGA